AUUUAUUUUCGAGAUUAUAGACGAAUAAUCCAAGCAUCUCUCUUUAAGCUAAGAGCUGGUACCUCUUUCCCGUUUAAUUAGCUGCUAAGGUUGGAGCUAAUGUCACCCUUACCAUGACUGAAGCAAAAGCAGAGCUUUGACCAGAUAUGCUAGCUUUGUGUGAAAGAUUUUUCAAGGAACUGGAGAGUGGUUGGGACAGAUGAAGGACAACCGCUACUCUUCAAAGAGCCGUUGGCCAAUGUAGUUUUGUCAGAUAGUCAUGAGAAAUGGAAAAACAUCACAGAUUUUGAUGAUCCUCUUGAUGGUAUCCCCAAAUUUGCUUCAAGCUGCACAAAUAGAAGAAAGAGGAAUGUUAGAUAGAAAAAGCUCUGAGACUUGGGAACAAGUUGCUAUAAACGAGGCUGCUGUGGCUGUUGUGGCAGUGAAUUUUCCUGAUUAGAAUAUAGAAUUUGAAGCUGACAAUCAACCCUAAAGCUGGAAGAGAUUUGGAUUAUGUAUGGGUGAAGAUGGACCAUAUCAAUUCAAAGAAAGCAUGUUUAGGUCUGUGGCUUUAAUGAAAACAUAUUCGAUUUCUUCAUUGAGUCUUUACCGUCUUUUCCCUUUAUGGUCUCCUCACCAUCUGUCAGCUAGCACCUCAUGCUGCAAAUGGUGAGAACCAGGUGAGAAAUAUGAUCUCUUUUGCAUACAGUAUCAGAAA